AUGGCGUCAUCACAUUUCCUCUCUAUCGUCGGUAUUUGUGCCUUCCUCUACAUUCAAACACUUGUAAGUGCAGUACCAAAUCCCCGAAGUCUCUACAGGGAGGCUCUACACGACUGGAUAGAUGGGUUGGAUGACGUGGAGAGCGAGGAUAAACUGAAAUUCUCUCGAGUAGCUCGUAUGCCAACAGAUUUCUCCUUCAACAGUGAUCUUGCCUUACUGCGACGCAUGAUAAAUGAGAAUCGACCUCAUGGGUACAAGUUGUUGGCAUUUGGAAAGUGA